UUCUUAUCAGAGAAACUGGCCUUCGUGCAGUAAGUAUAAAAACAGAGCCACUCCACAAAUGAAGCACAAGCUCAGAAUAGAGCAGGAAAUCGCUCAAUAACCAUGUUGCCAGCAACAUUCAAAUUGUGCUGCGGAAUCUCACACCAGCAUUUCAAGAGCAUGACAGGAUUGAAGAAAACCGCAGCGGUUGCCCUAGCACGUGAACUGAGACGAAUGAAAACAGAAGAAACCUUUCUGCCAAGCAUCUUUCGUACUCUAAUCCAGAAAGAAAACUUCUGUGAAGCUUUCAGGGCAGAAGACGAAAAGCUGAAAAUAAAUAGCACUUUGAACACAGAUGAAUUAUUCUACAUUAAACAAGGGGAAGAUGCUUUGCAACAAGCUCGGGAUAUUUUACAACAGGAUGCUGGAUGGGCAACAGAAAUCAAAAUGGAGAAUGGUGAUAACGUCGUAAGCAAAGUUCUACCUGGAACUGGGAAGGUCUUUAAAUUGGAAGCAAUAUUGGAUGCAACUGUGGAUCAUGUGUACUCCGAACUUCAUGAAAAAGUAGAUCAAAUUAGCACAUGGAAUCCAAGUGUUAGACGCGUACAAGUCCUCCAAAAAAUUGGUAACACAACCAUAGUAACUCAUGAAAUCAUGGGCGAGACAGCUGGGAACAUCAUCGGGCAGAGAGACUUUGUGAGUGUAAGACACUGCUGGAAAGAAGGAUCAUGUCGUUACUUGGCUGGAAUUGCAACAGAAUCCAAGAUGAUGCCACCGCAGAAAGGCUUCGUAAGAGCUGAAACUGGACCAUCCUGUAUAAUAUUACGUCCUGCGUGGAAUGACAAGAAAAAGACUCAGAUUACGUGGCUUCUCAGCAUGGAUCUCAAGGGUUGGUUGCCGAAGACCCUCAUCAAUCAAGCUCUGUCACAGGCUCAGGUGGAUUUUGCAGAACAUUUAAGGUCGCAACUCUCCGUCAAUUCGUUCUCCACAUCCAGUUGAACUUGAGGAACACAAGCAAUACAGAUAUAACUGGAGUCACUAGAAAGCACCUUACGGCUGAUUAGUUACUGAUGCAUUGCAACAAAUCAAUGGCACAGUAUCGAAUCACAGUUUUGACAUUGGAUACUAAAGACAUUGUUUAUAUAUAUUUUUUUUCCAAAGCAUUUCAAGUGCACACUUACAAAGUCAGGAAGAAAAUACUUUGUGAGACUCAUUCGAGAAUCCGGUCCCGCACAACCAUUCCACAGCACAUGCAAAAUAUCAGACUGUUUCAGUAACGGUGUUGAGAUGUCAGAAGUAGCACUGAAAAUGCAAGGGCAUCACGGACAACUUACAGAAAACUGAGAACUGAUACAAAUAUCGGAAUGGUGAUGUGAUUUGCUGCUGUUUUUUAUUCUAAUGUUAACUUAUUUCUGAUUACUUGAAAGAUUUAUUGGUAAA